AUGGCACCGUCUUAAUCAGGAAGUGGAGAAAACAACUAAGAAGAAUAAGUUGGAUAAAAUCCCUUAUUUCUGUUACUUUGACGCGAGUGUUCUUUUAAAAUCAGCCGGUGUGCCCGUGGUUUGGAUUGAGAAUAAGAAACAUAUUGACGGUCAUGGAAAGCGUUUGCCCUUGUUAGAAGUACUAUCUCAGACACAGCCAACGCGUGUGCGGCAGUCGGAGGGUGCAUAGCCUAAGUCAGCUGGUGGUCAUGUGUGAAGCUCUGGUCUGAUGCCCACCCUGCCCUCAGCGCUGGCCAUGGACGGGGAGAACUACCUGCAUCCAGAAGGCCCUCAGCUGGACAGCAGCUUGUUCUCUGUGGCCACCUCUAACAUGGAGAGUUCAAUAUAUGCCUCCUCUGGUUCCUGGGGACCCUAUCAGCAGGCUGGAUACAGCAUACACUGCCCUAUGCAAUCUGGAAACCAGCAAUACCACUUGAACAGCAGCACUACCACCACCACUCCGGAUGUGCCCAUGGACAUGUACUCGGGAUUCCCUGACGUGGACUUUGGCCUCAACCUCGCUAGGAAUGGAGACUUCUCUCAGGACCUGUCCUGCAUUGAUGAACUCUCCACAAACUCUCUGUUCUCCUCUCCGGCUGACUCCCUGUCGGAGUAUGCUGAUGCCCAGCCCUUCAUCAGCCCAGACAACCUGAACACAGUGCCCACCCUCUGGGACAUCAACACUAGUACCACCACUGCACCAGCACAGAGCCAGUUAGAGCUGAAUGGCACCAGCAGGUUUCAUGGCUUGGCCAGUUUGGAUGAUAUAACUGCUAUUAUCAGCACCCCACCUUUAGGAGGAUUCCAGCCACAGAGAACCCAGUCACCCCCAGAGGAGGAAGAGGAUGCUGAGGAAGAGGAGACAGAGGAACUGGGACAUGUAGACACAUAUGCUGAGUACAGACCUUCCAAAUCCACUAUAGGAAUUUCUCAUCCUGACAUAGUGGUGGAGACCAACACGCUAUCCAGUGUCCCUCCUCCUGACAUCACAUACACUUUGUCUAUCCCUGAGGCAACUAUUAACCGUGGCCUACUGUCAGCUCUGCAGCUAGAGGCCAUCAUCUACGCCUGCCAGCAACACGAGGUUAUACUUCAGAACAACCAGAGGGCAGGCUUCCUGAUCGGAGAUGGAGCAGGGGUCGGAAAGGGACGCACCGUGGCAGGAGUCAUCCUGGAGAACUACCUUAAGGGAAGGAAGAAAUCACUAUGGUUCAGCAUAUCCAAUGACCUGAAAUUUGAUGCAGAGAGGGAUCUCAAAGACAUAGAUGCUCAGAAUAUUCCUGUGCAUGCCUUAAACAAGAUUAAGUAUGGAGACACAGCUACCUCAGAAGGAGUCCUGUUUGCGACUUACUCUGCGCUGAUUGGAGAGAGCCAGGCAGGAGGGCAGCACCGGACGAGAAUUAAACAGAUCAUAGAUUGGUGCAAGCCAGACUUUGACGGAGUUAUUAUUUUUGACGAAUGCCACAAAGCCAAGAACGCCACAUCUACAAAGAUGGGCAAGGCGGUGCUUGACCUGCAAAACAAGCUGCCCCGGGCCAGAGUGGUGUAUGCCAGUGCCACAGGUGCCUCUGAGCCAAAGAACAUGAUCUAUAUGAGCCGCCUGGGGAUCUGGGGUGAGGGCACGCCCUUCAGAGCCUUUGAUGACUUCCUGCACGCCAUCGAGAAGAGAGGUGUCGGUGCCAUGGAGAUUGUUGCCAUGGACAUGAAAGUGAGCGGGAUGUACAUCGCCAGGCAGCUUAGCUUCUCAGGGGUGUCUUUCCGCAUUGAAGAGAUCGCACUGGACAAUGACUUCAAACUGGUCUAUAACAAAGCUGCCAUACUGUGGGCGGAGGCGUUGCAGGUCUUCAUGCGUGCAGCCGAUGAGCUGGGCCUGGUCAGCAGGAAGUCUCUCUGGGGGCAGUUCUGGUCGUCUCACCAGCGCUUCUUCAAAUACCUCUGUAUCGCCGCCAAGGUCCGCUGCCUGGUGGAGCUGGCCCAAAAAGAGCUGCAGGCUGGAAAGUGCAUCGUUAUUGGGCUGCAGUCUACUGGAGAGUCCCGAACCAGAGAAGUCCUGGAUGAGAAUGACGGGCAUCUCGACAGAUUUGUCUCUGCAGCAGAGGGAGUGUUCCAGUCUCUUGUAACAAAACAUUUCCCUUCAGAGAAACAGAGGAGAGAGAAGGCACCAGGGAAUAAGAGAAAACGGAAGCCUAGAGGUCGCCAGCCCAAGGUGCCCAAGCACACCAUGGACAGCGGCGGUGUGAUCAACAUUAGCGACGACAGCAGCAGUGACUCCGAUGGCAUGGACACGGACUCCAACUCCUCACCAGACUCCCUGCUAGACAAUGAUGAUGUCAUCUUUGUUAACCACACUAGCUGCCAGACAGCCCGGAUAGAGGAGAUGAAACAGGGCCUCCUCAAUAAAAUAGCCAUGCUGGGAAAAGAACUACCUCUCAAUACCUUGGACGAGCUCAUCGAUAAGUUUGGAGGACCAGAUAAAGUCUCAGAGAUGACUGGUCGUAAGGGUCGUGUGGUGCGGUGUCUUGAUGGCAGCGUCCGUUAUGAGUCACGUGCUGAGCAGGGUCUUACCAUCGACCACAUCAACAUCAAGGAGAAAGAUCGCUUCAUGGGUGCAGAGAAGUUGGUGGCCAUCAUCUCCGAGGCAGCCAGCUCUGGGAUUUCCCUGCAGGCGGACAAGCGAGUGAAAAACCAGAAGCGCAGGGUCCACAUGACUUUGGAGCUGCCUUGGAGUGCAGACAGGGCCAUUCAGCAAUUUGGUCGCACCCAUCGGUCCAAUCAGGUGACAGCCCCAGAGUACAUCUUCCUCAUCUCAGAGUUGGCUGGGGAGAGACGUUUUGCCUCCAUUGUGGCUAAGAGACUAGAGAGCCUGGGUGCAUUGACACAUGGAGACAGAAGAGCCACAGAAUCCAGAGACUUGAGCAAGUACAACUUUGAGAACAAGUAUGGUACCAAGGCUCUUGAUAAAAUCACCAAAGCAAUCCUUGGCCACAUAGAGAACAAGGUGCCCCCUCCCAAAGGCUACCCUGGGGGUGAUGCCACUUUCUUCAGAGACAUGAAAAUUGGAAUGAUGGAUGUGGGCAUCUUUUGUCGAGAGUCUCGUUUUGGGAUCAGUACUGAGAAAGACUGCAGCAUCACCAAGUUCUUAAAUCGCAUCUUGGGCCUGGAGGUCCACAAGCAGAACUAUCUCUUCCAGUACUUCACCGACAACUUUGACUAUCUAAUCGAGAAGGAUAAGAAGGAGGGCAAAUAUGACAUGGGAAUCCUAGACCUAGCCCCGGGUAACGAUGAGAUAUAUGAGGAAAAGCAGGAAACUUUCUUGACAGUUGGAAACCCUCAGGAUGGACAGGUUGUUCUCUAUAAGAUCAGCGUGGACAGAGGCAUGCCCUGGGAGGAGGCCUUCAACAGGUCACUGAAGCUCAACGGCCCUGACGAGGGAUUCUACCUGUCCCUGAAGCUGCGAGGUAACCACCCAUGUGUGCUGCUAGCUGAGCAAGGAAGAGGCAAGAACCUGAUUGUCUACAAGCCUAAUAUUGGCAAGCAGACCCAUCCCGAGAGCCUGGACAACCUGCAGCAGCGUUACCGGAAGUCGACUCCGGAAGAAGCCAGGGACAGCUGGGAGAACCAGUUCACCUUCUCCUUCAAGAAGUGUAGUCAUGCCAACUGGAAUGGCAAGUGUAAGAAAAUAGAAGAAGGUCAGGAGUGUUUGCAGGGCAUGCGCCUCCGCCAGUACCACAUGUUGUGUGGUGCUCUGUUGCGUGUGUGGAAGCGCGUAUCCGAUGUGGUGUCUGACAUCACCAGCUCCAGCAUCCUGCAGAUUGUCCGCCUUAAAACCAAACAGCAUAACAAGCAAGUCGGUAUCAAGAUUCCAGAAAACUGCGUGCCCCGCGUGCGCGAGGAGCUGUUGCAAAUGGACGAGGAGGUGAAGCGGAGACGAAAGGAGAGGGAGCAGCAGGCCGCCGAGCUGCGGCUGGUCGAGGAGCGCAGUCGUAAAAUGGAGCAGGAGAACAAACACCUCCUGGCAAAUCUGUUCAACUCCAAGCCCAUGCUCAACCACUCCCUCGUUCGGUCUCUCCCCCAGAAUCAGAUCUCUCCGCAACAGAGACUGCAGGCCCAAACCCAGUCCCCUUUACAGCAGCAGCCCCUGUUGUCCUUACAGAGAAAUCCCAGCCAAACCCAGCAAAGGACCCACAUCUGGCCAAACAACUCCACCGCCACCAGCCAGGGCCCCGUCCCCAACACGGUUAGCAUCCGCUCCAACUUCUCACAGUUUUACCCCCAGUCCUUUGUAACCCCUUUUCAGCAGCCGAAGAACCCAUCUCGUCCACUCCAUCAGACCACGCUGUCUUCCAAGAAUCCCCUGGAUGAGAUCUUGGACCUGACUGUGAGCUCGCCGUCUCCCUCCCCAGACACCACGGAGGGCGGACUGCAUCUGGACAGUCUAGGGGUGCACGCAGCAUUCGGAGAUGACUUUAACCUGGAGUCUCUGAUCUCCCAGAGUGCACCGAAUGCCCAGCAGGCCGCACCAGUACAGCAGCCUAUUUUGCUACAGCAGCAGCAGCAGCAGCAGCAGCAAACAUCUGCAGGCAACACCGCAGCAGAACCACAGCCUGCUCGCCAAUAACCAAGACUUAUUAGAUUUAUUUGACCUGCCCCUUUCUCCCCAGAUGCCCACACAGAAAGCCAGCCCUUCACCCUCUACCUCCUCCUGCUCUUCCUCCACGUCCUCCACCUCCAACAACCUGGCUCCGCACGUCUCCACCGGCCUCCUGCCCGCAUCCGCCCUCAUCCCGACAUCGUCCUCCUCUUCCCUCUUCUCCAACCCGUCCCCGUCCUCCUCUUUGUUUUCCAACUCUUCGCCUCACUUCUCCUCCAACUAUCUCCUCCCUCAGUCAGACUCGCUGUCCUUACCCAACGGCCACUCCGGCACCCUAGACGUUCGCGAGGCUCUGAACAGCAUGCUACAGCGCGGUCUGGACCGGACGUCUGUCAUUAGGUACCGGCAAGAAGACUCGGAGCUUUAACAGCAACCGCUCGUCUGGACUUUGUUUUCCUUUCGGGUCAUUUUGUUUUGUCUUUUAAAGCAGAUUGUCUUGUUUGCUGCUGUCUAUGAUCGCACCCACGGACCUACUCCCUCUCCCCUCAGGGCCUAUAGUCACAUCACUGCCUGUCCUGCACUCGGCUCACCCUGCUCUUUAUCCACCUGUAGCGUUCACCUGCUUGAGGCUGUUUAGGCGAUAGCAGGCUCCAUCAGUAUCCGAUUUCUGCACCAAAGUGUGUCCUCCACAGUGAAUGGCAGCUGUGAAAACAACAACCGUGAUAACUGUAUUUUAUUGCAUAUACGAGCUGUCAACAAACAACAAAAGCUCAUUCAUCGAGGUUCGGAAAUCUGUAAUAAGCCUCCCCGCUGCUGAUUUUACGAGGUAUGAUUGGUGAAGUUGCUGGAAGCUCUAAAUGCCUUUCACCAGUUAAAACCAUAUCUUUAGACUUUGCUUUACUGCUACUUCGCUUCAUGGCCGUUUUUGUCUUGACUAAAACAAGGCUGUAUGCAAGGCUUGGUUUGAGUGAAACAAAAGAUAGCGUUGAACUGGAAGAUGAGGAAAAAAAACAACAAAAACAGAUUAAAUCUUUUAGCUGAUAAGCCAUGAAAUGCCUCAGUUUUCAUUUGUUUUUUCUUCUACAUGCUCCCUCUUGUUUCUCUCCCUGCUUGUAUGAACACUAGUGUGAGGAAAAAGGGAGAGGAAGAGCAGUCUGCUGUUGCAAACAGUGCCUUUUGGAGAAAUCUUUAAAUGCAGUCUUUAAAAAUCCAUGUAGCCUAAUGUAUAGAUUUGUACUCUUGGUUAUUCAUUUUAAUUUAAACAUGGUAUAUUUGUAUUUAACUUUUAGCCCCCUCAGUCAGUCAGUCAGUCGUUUGUGUUACACUAUGGUGGUGGGUUUCAGGAAGAAGCCUCCGUUAAGCCUGUAUGUGCUCGUAUGAUUGUGUGGACUUGUCCUUUUUUCUGUGUUCUUCUGUCCCCGUUGAUAUGACAUUGUGCUUUUAUUAUUGAGCAGCAUGGAUAGGAAUUGUGUCCCAAAAUUUUAUCUCCCUAUUUUUAUUUUUUUUUAUUUUAAGCUGACGAUAACAUUUAGUGAUGUGACUCCUGGUUUUGAUCUGAUUUUGAAUUUCUCAGGAACGUCUCGAAUGCUUUGUUGUUGGUGUCGUUUUGACCAACAAACAUAUAUAUAUAUAUAUAUAUAUAUAUAUAUAUAUAUAUAU